UAAAUCUGAAAAAAUACUAUUAGUACAGCUGUAGUAAACCUAGUUGCUACUAGAGGUAGAAGAAAAAGGUUAGCAAACAGCAGCUUUUUUACCAUUUCACAUUGGACAUUUUCCACUACCUGAAGUAGGGUGAGGGACUCACAAUUAAUUCGGAUUUCAUAAUAAAUGCAAUUGAUUGCAGCAAGAAUUUCCAAACACCAUGUAAACCAUGGCAGGAAACGAUCCCUUGAAAUAUGCCAAUGAAUUAGAAUCGGUACUGAACCUUCUGAAAAAUGAUGCAGACUUGCGUGAAAUGUUUAAGGAGGGAGAGGUCUCUCAAGCCUUCAAGGAAAUAGCCAGAGACCCAUCAGCCAUACCAAAAUAUCAGGAAAAUGUCAAAAUUCAAAAGCUUCUGAAAAUGAUGGGAGAUAAAAUUCAGGGGUUUGCCACAUCGGUUGUAGCUGAAAGUGACGCUUCUGCAACCACAGCCUCAGCUCAAGGUGACACUGUGGAGCAAUCAGAGGAAUUAGCAAUGGAUGGAGAAAGCAGAGACUUAUUUGAUGAAGAUGCUGCAGUGCAGCCUUUAGUGGGAGUAGAUGUAUUAGAACAGAUACUCCGUGCCAAGAAAGGGGACCCCAGCAAGUUUCAGAGUCACUGGGAGCAAGAUGAAGAAGACAUUGAUUUUGCCACAGAUGAGGAAAUAAAAAACAAUCCAGUUCAGAGAAUUUUGUGGGCUGCAGAGAAUGGCGAAGUGGACAUUGUGACUGAACUCUUACAGAAAGAUGCAUCCUUGAUUCAAGCUGUAGAUAAAGAUGGCUAUACACCUUUGCACAGAGCAGCCUACAAUGGAGAGAUGGACGUUGUCAAGAUAUUGCUGUCCCAGGGAGCAGACGUCAAUGCCCAAACCAAAGAUGGCUGGCAACCAAUCCACAGUGCAGCAAGAUGGAACCAGGUCGAGGUUGUCUCUCUCCUACUCCAAAAUGGCGGCAAUAUCAAUGCACAAACAAAUGGCGGUCAGACACCUCUGAUGUUGGCAGCGUCAAACAGGGAAGGGAAAGAGACCACAGAGUUUUUGCUCAUGAAUCGUUACGUCGACCCACAUUUGAUGAACAAUAUUGGAGAGACAGCAUACACAUUGUGUCAGAGAUACACUGGAUUUUACUAUCUAUUUGAUAUUGUUCACCCGAGUAUAAACAGUUUUUGAAUUUGAAUUGGAACCUGGGUGAAAUGAGAAGAUAGCCUGGAGAAUAUGUGUAGUAUAUGACUACUUGUCGCUGUUAUGUUUUUUCUUUUAGAUAAAUCGUUUAUGCCACCUUUCUUUUUUUUUGUUGGUGCAUAUUUUAACAAAACUUCGCAUGAGAUCCAUAUUUCACAAUAAAUACUUUGUAAACAACUCAUAGAAGUAUGAUACAUUUUAUGUUACCACAAAACGGCGGUUAUUGCAAUUAAUCUGGAAUCUGUGCUUGUCAUCGGACCACGUGGCCUCCAAAUAUGGCUACCUUUUGUAAUAUUCUCUUAGAUUCAUAACAAAAAACUUUGUAGAAAAAUUGGACCAACUUUGAAUGUUGGAACGGAUUAACUUACCAUUGGUAAAUGUGGGAAAAUUGACGUUUACCCU